CAGGGCAAAGCAAAGAAGACGCGGACAGCUUCAGUGAAGCGAAUGAUCAAGACGACCGACGAGAGGCUGAAGGCCAACGCAGCCAAGUCGGCAGAGAAGCUCGAAAAGUCAAAAGCUCAGCAAGUCAAGCAUGUAGCCCAGAUGCCGAGUUCAAUGUUCAUGUCGCACAACACGGCACUCGCGCCGCCCUAUAGAGUCCUCGUCGACACCAAUUUCAUCAAUCUCUCACUAGAAGAGCGGAUAGAGAUGAUGAGAGGCAUGAUGGACUGUCUCUAUGCCAAGUGCAUACCAUGCAUCAGUGACUGCCUGAUGAGCAUCGCAGGGUGGCGAAAGAUCCACGCUUCGAACGUCUGCCAUGCUCUCACCGGGGUUCCUAUGCAGACGACUGCAUUGUCGAUCGAGUCACGAGCCAUCGGUGCUACGUCGUCGCCACCUGUGACCGCGCUCUACGGCGUCGGCUGCGCAAGAUUCCCGGCGUGCCGCUCAUGUACAUCAGCAAGAAGAGAUACGCCAUUGAAAGACUGCCGGAUAUGGGCGUACCGUCCUGAGCGUUCUUUGUCGUCCUCGCUCGCUUGUCACCUCGUCACCCAAUACGAGCCGGCACAGGUCAGCAUUCACAGCUCUGUUGCUCAUUGUACUCUGCUCCUACUGGCCGCUCUGGCAUCGCGUCAUGAACUGCGUCUCGCUGCAUCUCAAGACGAGAAAUAUGAUACGGUCUCAUCGGUCGCUCUUGACUCAUGCGUAGAUCACAAGCGCAUCCCCAAACACAAAAGUCCGCCAUACACCGCACGGAGCCAAAGCAGCUUGAAGAUUUGUCUUGCCUCAGAUACCCCGUACUAUAUCACAGACACCGCGUAUCGAUUCGAUCUGCCUCUUCCGCUCGCUAGCUUUGCGAAGUGCUCACUCAGAAGGGAUCAAGACUACAACACCGAUGCGCUACUUCAUCCUCCUCGCCCUCGCUUCCUUCGCUGCUGGCACCGUUCUGCCUGUCGCCACAUGUACGGUCAGCGGCGCCAAGUGCAUCGGCCACAACUUGAGCUCAACGCAAUGCUGCCGCUGCACAAAAGAUCCGCACUUCAACUAUUGCGACGGUUGCUGGGCGAGACUGCAAGCUCGUCUCGAGGUGAAGGCAUGCCCGAGCUCGCAGAGGUAGAGCGUGCCCGAGGCAUCCUCGAGCGAGUCUCUCUCGGCAAGACGAUCACACAGUGCCAGACGCUAGAGGACACGAUCGUGUAUGCCGAUGCAACCCAUACCGACUUUGCUGCAGAGCUCCUUGAUCGCAGAGUCGAACUCGUCGGCCGGACGGGCAAGCAGUUCUACAUGGUGCUCUCCCAUCCCAGCAAGCCCACCGUCUCUGCGCUUUGGCACUUUGGCAUGUCGGGCGCAUGCCAGAUCAGAGGCGAAGAGAGCAAUUACUACAGAAAGAAGCCCAAGAAUGAACUCAACAGCGACGGCGCACCUUGGCCUCCACGGUUCUGGAAAGCCUGUCUCACCUUUGAUGACGGAUCAGAAUGGGCCUUUAUGGACGCAAGACGACUCGGAAGGAUAAGGCUCAUAAGGGAUAGUGAUCCUAGGCUCCAUCCGCCCAUGUCACUCCUCGCACCCGACGCUUUGCUCGACUUGCCACCCGUGCCCGAAUUUGCAACUGCUCUCAGAAAACGAACAGCUCCCGUCAAAGCUAUCUUGCUCGAUCAGAACGGCGUCGUGUCUGGUUUGGGCAACUGGCUCGUCGAUGAGUUCUUCUACCAAUCCCGCAUACACCCUGGCCAGCGGGGCGCAACACUCCAUGAUGAUCAGAUCGAAGCUCUGCACGAGACGAUUCGGUACGUUCUCAAGACGGCAGUGGAAGCCAAUGCAGACCAUCGUACUUUCCCAAAGACCUGGCUCUUUGCCAAUCGAUGGGGCAAAGGUCGAGCCAAAGCGCCCGAAGUCACUCUGGCAGGCGUUGACGGUAGCACGGCUCCGAUCACUUUCGAGACGAUAGGCGGUCGAACGACAGCUAUCGUCAAAUCCCUUCAGAAGCUCAGAGCUCUGCCUAUACUUGACGAAGCAGAGGUAGACGGUAAACCUGCCAAGAAGGCAACCAGACUCGCUGAGCGCUUUCACCAGGCCAAGAAACGCAAGAUUGAUACGAAAUCAGAAGAGGGCGUACCAGACGAUGCCCAACUGGUCGAGGCCACCCGUACUGUCACGGAAGUCUCCAGUACGAGCAAUGCUCGCAAGCGCAAGACAAGAAGCACGACUACCACUCUUACUGUCAAGACUGAUGCUCCGAUAGAGUCUGUUGAGCCGCCAGUCCCUAAAGGAGCCCGCAAGAGCAAGCGGAAGCGCUCAGCUGUAUAG